AUGACAGGAAUUGAGGAAAUAAAAGACAAUGAACUAGAAAAAACCCCUCUAAACAAUGGAUAUAACAAAGGAGAAUGGCCAACAAUGGAAUAUUAUGAAGAUAAAAAGAAAGAAUUACGAGAUUUAAUUAGUAAGAAACAAUCAGUAGAUAGGGCUCUUGCAGCAUUAGAAGAGAAAAUAUAUAAGCUUGAAGGUGCAUAUUUGGAAGAUACAUCUCAAGGGGGGAAUAUCAUACGAGGAUUUGAUGGGUUUUUAAAGGGCUCAAAUUAUAAAAAACGUACAGAUUAUACAGAUAAUGAUCGACUUUUUUCAUUUUCAUCAGGAACUUUUUUAAAAUUUCUUCAUAAAAAUGACUCCGGGGACGAUUCUGAUACAUCAACAUCCCAAAAAAAGAAAAAACGUAGAAAAUUGGAUGGUGAUUCCUCGGGUAGUUCUAAAGACCUUCCAUAUGUAUCAAAAAGAGUUAGAAUAUCUUUUCGUACAGAUGACUAA